UCCAUAAAUAAGCCCAAACAAAAUUAGACUUGGAGACAAAGCAAGUGCCUUCUUCACUGCUCUCACUUGCUUCCCCUUCCACUCCGAAGCUCGCGUUCUCCUUCAAACGUGUUUCCUUUAAACUAGAAGUCAGGGAAUCAAUAUGUCGCGAAGAUAUGAUAGCCGUACAACAAUCUUCUCCCCUGAAGGACGUCUUUAUCAAGUGGAGUAUGCAAUGGAGGCUAUUGGAAAUGCUGGUUCUGCCAUAGGGAUCUUAUCAAAAGAUGGUGUCGUGUUGGUUGGCGAAAAGAAGGUAACAUCCAAACUGCUGCAAACCUCUUCAUCCACUGAGAAAAUGUACAAGAUUGAUGAUCAUGUUGCAUGUGCUGUUGCCGGGAUAAUGUCGGAUGCGAACAUCCUCAUCAAUACAGCUAGGGUCCAAGCACAACGCUACACAUAUGCCUACCAAGAGCCCAUGCCUGUUGAACAGUUGGUUCAGUCUCUUUGUGAUACUAAGCAAGGAUACACCCAAUUCGGUGGUCUUCGACCAUUUGGGGUCUCAUUCCUGUUUGCAGGUUGGGACAAAAACUUUGGCUUCCAACUCUACAUGAGUGAUCCUAGUGGAAACUAUGGCGGUUGGAAAGCAGGAGCUAUUGGUGCAAACAACCAGGCGGCUCAGUCAAUACUGAAACAGGACUACAAGGAUGGCAUUACGAGAGAAGAAGCUGUGCAACUUGCAUUGAAGGUAUUAAGCAAGACUAUGGACAGCACAAGCUUGACCUCAGAGAAGAUUGAAUUAGCAGAGGUUUUCCUCUCACCUUCUGGAAAGGUCAAGUAUGAAGUUUGCUCCCCUGAGGCAUUGAAUAAACUAUUGGUGAAGUUUGGGGUGACUCAACCAGCAACAGACACUGCCUAGUUUGCUCUGCUCUUCCAUUUCUGAUGCAGGUUUAAUUAAUGACAAUGCUUUUAUUUUUGUAAUGCAAGUGACAUUGUAUUUGCUACACCUAUAGUUGAUUUUCAACACAGAUUGAUGAUAUUUGCUUUCUUGUUGUUGACCUAUGAUGAUUUGUUGAACUUUCAAUUAUGUUUUAUUGUGUUGUAUGACUUUAGUGUGUCAAUUUGUGAAAUUAAAUUUGUUUUGGUAUUUUAGUGCA